GCAUGCGGGAUCUAGUUUCCUGACCAGGGGUCAAACUCGGACCCCCUGCAUUGGGAGUGCGGGGUUUUAAUCAUUGGACCACCAGGGAAGUCCCCAAAAUACUUUAAAUUAUAGCAACUUAAGGCCCAGUGUAAUAGAGUCUCUUAACACCUGAAACUAAAAGGGCCUCUAAUGUCCUAACUGCACAUUUCCCUCCCCAUUCUACUCCCACAGAUAAGGUCCUGUAAUCAGACAGUCCUCCUGUUUUACCAAGGCAACCAGGUGUACCUGUGGUUCUUGCUUUUCCCUGAGUAGCGAGUUUCACUUCCCUACCAGCCCGCAAGAUUAUUCAGAAAAGCCAGUCCCAUCCUCUCACAGGAACCAGGGGUAGCUGCAUCCUCUUGAUAGUACAGAGCCAUUUCCCACAACCCCUAGUUGUUCCCUCUGUUCCCAGGUGCGCUACCUGUGUGACCUUGGAUGGCAUGUGGUGCCCUCUUGCCUGGCCUGUGAAUAUGCAUAACUAGUAAACUUAUGUAGAUCUCACCUGUCCAGUGUGAGAUGUCAUGUGUUCAGCUAUUCCAUUACCCCAGGGCAGGAAUCCUGCCACCAACAGAGUGACUAGAAGGCAGUUAAUACAGUUGGCAUCAUGAGCAGGAUUACCCAUCCAAGACAGGUCACCUAGUCAGUAUUAGCUCAUUGCUCUUGGCUAACUGGUUCUGUGAUGUGGCAGAGGCCACUUGGGAUAGAACCACCAAUCGCUGGUAGGCUUGCACUUUGGCCUGCUCUGCUCUGUGGUCUUUUGGAGUGUCGCUCUCCCUUCCCACUCUGAGAGGCUGUUGUCGCUAAGAGAGAAUUAUUAAUUGGCUAUGCCCCUGUGUGGCUUGCCAUUGGGUUCAGUCUGUUUGGCAGGUGGUCUCUGAGCUACCUAUGAGGCCGGCUGCUGGACUUUGAUACUCUCCCUUGUAACCACCCAGAAGGUCCAUGCCAUGGGUGAUUGGAUAGAGACAGAAACUGGAAGCCGAGACUUUACAUGGCUAGAAAUCCAAAAUAACCGAGGAAAUUUGCACAGAGAAAACAGAAAGAAACCUGCGUGGCAGAAAAAAAGACCACAGCCAUGGCAGACAGAGGAUGUUCAAUCAGUCAACCUCUGGGUUAUGGGCCCAGCAUGCUUUUGCUGCACCACCUGCUACCUAUUUCUGUGUUGUAAAAAAAAAAAAAAAAGAAAAGAAAAAAAAUUCUGUGCUCGUAGUUAGAGGGGAAAACUCCCAUCCUGUGGCACAGCAAAGACGUUAAUUCAAAUGCAACUUAAGCCUGGGAUCCUUAAGCCAUAUGCAGAAACCAUUGCCAUGGAGCAGGCCCCUAACCCUGACGAUCCUGAUCGGACGCUCUCUGGAGACGGAAAUUUGUAAGUUUGAUUAGAGUAAAAAGAACCCCUCCUCCUCAGAAGUAUAUCCAGUAACCACAAAAAGAAAAGAAAUGGAAAGAAAGAAUGAAGGGAGGGAGGCAGACUUAGACACAGGGAGAGGAAACAACAGAAUAACUGAUACAAAGGUCCACAGUUUUUUGUUUUUGUUUUUAAUUGAGGUAUAGUUGCUGUACAAUAUUAUGUAAGUUAGGUCCACAGUUUGACCCAAUUGGAAAUCCAGAAUUUACUAAUAUAAUUUAUACAACAAAAGAUAAAAGGGUGCUGAUUGGCUUUUAUACCUUCCAAAUUAACUUUAGUGUUAACUCUAGUAUCUGCUGAAAUGUACCAUUGUCAAACUUUCAUGGCCUUAAUACAGGGUUCAAGUUAUAGUUAUAGCUGAGCAUCCCACUAAAUGUAAUCACGUUACCCCUAAAAUCUUAAGAGGAGUUAUUGAACAUAAAAUAGUGUUAUAGACUCAAUUGUGUAUUGCUCCAAAAUUCGUAAUGUUGAAAUCUAAUCGCCAGUGUGAUGGUAUUUGGAGGUUGGGCUUUUGAGGGUGAUUGGGUUAUGAGGACAGAGCCCUUAUGAAUGGGGUUAGUGCCCUUACAAUAGAAACUCCAGAGAAUUCCCUUGCUGCUUCUGUCAUAUGAGGACUUAGGAAAAGACAGCCAUCUGUGAACCAGGAAGUGGGUCCUCACCAGACAUCUGGCACCUUGAUCUUGGACUUCUCAGCCUCUAGAACUGUGAGAAAUAAAUUUUUGUUGUUUAUAAGGCACCCAGUCCAUUGUAUUUUAUUAUAGCAGCCCAAACAGACUGAGUCAUUGAGAAGAAAUAGACAGUAUUUCUGUUGGUUAAGGUGAAACAUCCUAAGAUUCAUGGUACCCAUUGAUUUAAUUUUAACAUAAUCCCAUAGAAGGCAUGGAUGCUCUGAUCCAGUGAAUAAUAAAAUUAUAUUUUUGGCACUUACAAAUUGACAAAAUGGGACCCCGUGUACCGUAUACCCCAACUGAAACCAUUAUAAAGACCUAUCUAGAGAAGUGGUUAUCACCUCUGCUUCUCUGUUUAAUGGUCCAGUUUAGCUUAUUCUUAGUCUGGAAAUAAUGAUGGUGCUUCACAAGGGAUUAUCACAACCUUAAUGCUAUGGCCCAUCUGUUAAGGACCCAGUACCCAAUUUAUUAAAAUUAUUGCUUCCAUCCAAAUAGCAAGUAGUAAAUAUUUUCUUAUUCCAGGUUUGGCUAAUAUGUUCUGUUCAGUGCUCUUUUCAACAGCCUCUCAGCCACAGUUUGCCUUCACCUCUGAAGGGACACCAGACACCUUUACCAGGCUACCCGUGGGAUACCUCAGCAACUCUGCCAUUGCAGUCUUCGUGGGCAAUACCUUAACUGCAUCCAGUUUUCUCCAGGAGCACAGGUGUAGCCCCUCAGUUCUUUACAUUCUUCCAGGAGCAGCAGAAAAUGAUCACAUCCCAGGGAUCACUGUCAUUCAGGGAUGUGACUGUGGGCUUCACCCAGGAGGAGUGGCAGCACCUGGACCCUGCUCAGAGGACGCUGUACAGGGACGUGAUGCUGGAGAACUACAGCCACCUCAUCUCAGUAGGGUUUUGCAUCCCUAAACCGGAAGUGAUCCUCAAGUUGGAGCAAGGAGAGGAGCCAUGGAUAUUGGAGGAAGAGUCCCCAAGCCAGAGUGUCCCAGAAUUAAUUAAUAGCAGUAGAAACUAUUCAAGAAAGAAGUUUGAUGAGUUUAACAAAGGUAGAAAAUGGUUCCAGGAUGACAAGCAUGAAGGAAUUCACUCUGAAGAGAAACCUUAUGAAUAUAAUAAAAAUGGGAAUGGCCUCUGUCUUAAUGAAGACUCUGUUCAGCCUCAAAAAAUUCAAAUUUUGGAGCAACCUUUUGAAUACAGUGAAUGUAGGAAAGCUUUCCAUGAGAAUUCACUCUUUGUUAUACAUAAGAAUCCUUACACAGGACAGAACACCUGUGAAUACACUGAAUACAGAAAAACCUUCUGUGAUAUGUCAUCUCUCUUUGCUCAUCAGAGAACACAUCCAAAAGAGAAUCACUAUGAAUUUAAUGAAUGUGGAGAAAAUUUCUUUGAGGAAUCCAUUCUCUUUGAACAUAAUGUUCACCCUUUGAGCCAGAAGUCAGAUCUCAUUCCAAUUCAGAGAAGCCACUCAAUUGACAAUAUUAUUGGAUAUAAUGAAUGCGGAAACUUUUUCAAUGAAAAAUUAGUCUUUGGCAUACAAACAGGAGAAAAACCCUAUGAAUGUCAUGAAUGUGGAAAAACCUUCAACAAGAAGUCAGCCCACACAAGACAUCGGAGAACCCACACUGGGGAAAAAUCCUGUGAAUGUCAUGAAUGUGGGAAAACUUUCUGCAAGAAUUCAGACCUCGUUAAACAUCAGAGAGUUCAUACAGGGGAGAAACCUUAUGAAUGUCAAGAAUGUGGGAAAUCCUUCAGUGAAAAGUCAACCCUCACCCAACAUCAUAGAACACACACAGGGGAGAAACCAUAUGAAUGUCAUGAAUGUGGAAAAUCCUUCUCAUUUAAGUCAGUCCUUACUGUACAUCAGAAAACACACACAGGGGAGAAGCCCUAUGAAUGCUAUGAAUGUGGGAAGGCCUUUCUCAGAAAAUCAGACCUCAUUAAACAUCAAAGAACUCACACAGGAGAAAAACCUUAUGAAUGUAAUGAAUGUGGGAAAUCCUUCUCUGAGAAGUCAACUCUCACUAAACAUUUGAGAACUCACACAGGCGAGAAGCCCUAUGAAUGUACUGAAUGUGGAAAAUUUUUCUGCUACUACUCAGGUUUCACAGAACAUCAGAGGAGACAUACAGGAGAGAAACCUUUUGGAUGUAAUGAAUGUGGGAAAAACUUCCGUCAGAAAUCAGCCCUAAUUGUUCAUCAGAGAACUCACGUAAGACAGAAACCCUAUGAAUGUAAUGAAUGUGGAAAGUCAUUCUGUGUGAAGUCAAAACUCACUGCACAUCAUAGAACACACACCGGGGAGAAACCGUAUGAAUGUAAUGUUUGCAGGAAAUCAUUCUAUGUGAAGUCAAAACUUACUGUACAUCAGAGAACACAUUUGGGGAGAAACCCUAUAAAUAUAAUAAAUGAGGGAAAUCACUCUGGGUGAAGUCAAGAGUUUAUAUAACAAAGAACACAAAGCAGGGAGAAAAGAUUUUGAGAACAUCUUUGGUCUAAAGUCAGUUCUCGUAAUACAGCAGAGAACUUACAGAGGGAAGAAAAUAAUAUGAAGAUAUUCUGGACAUAGGAAAACUUUCUACUGGAAUUUGAACCAUACAGUGUAUCAGAAAGCUCAGAGUACAGAAAACCUAUUGGUGAAUGAAUACAGGGAACCUUCUGCCCAAAGCCACACCUCACUAAACAUCAGAGAAAUCACACAGGGUAGAAACCUCUAUCAGUAUUCAUAAAGAAGACUUCAUCCACAGGCCAGAGAAAAUGCACAAACUAUAGCAAGUUAUAGGAAAGCAUUUACUAUGAGUUGGUGUUUUAUUGGACUUGUGUGAAAUGUUUGAAGUAGCAUUUCAGUGGAUAUCAGAUAGUAAUUUAAGUGGGUAGAAGCUUUAAGUUAAACCUAAGCUUACCAUACAUCAGCAAUUUUGAACUGAAGUGUCUGGCAUUUAGGAAAUGUGGAGAAUGUUUGCAUUUAGACAUAGCAUUUAUACAAUUUGGCCUAUUGCUGGGUGUGCUAUUCCUUCCAAUUUAAGGUACUGGACAUCAACUGGAACCAGGGGUUAUAAGCAACUCACGUGUUUAUUGCUGAGGCAUAUGGAAAACAAGGGAAGAUUUUUAGCAAGGGGACCCACCUGCAAGAAGAUUUUCUGAUGUCCAGGUGGAGAGAGAGAGAUAUCCUUGUCUUGGUGAUAUACAUAGGACAGGUGCUUGCCAGCAGGAUUUUUGAUUAAUUGUGAGGCUAAUUUCGAGUGGCCUGUCCUGAAAUGGUGGAUCAAAGGGGCAAUGUAGGUUCCUUGAAUGCAGCUACCUGGUGUAGUGGAAGUGGUAUGAAAUAUAGGUAGUUUCUGCCUUAGCAGUGUUUAACAGUUUGGCCAGAUGCCAUCCUGCUGUGAAGUGACUUACUGCAACCAACUUAACAUGUUUCUUUAAAAAGCAGAACAUUCAUGUACAAACAUAUACACUGUUAAGUAUGGAACUUUAAAAAGCACAAAUAGAUUUUACUACUGAGUAAGAUACAGUAGUUUGCAGCAGACCAGUGCACUCACUAAGAACAACUAGAAAAGCAGUUCACAAAAAGCAUCUAUUUACUUGCAACCUAUUGCAGAAGCAAAGAGGGCUAGAAUGGUAAUAUUCAGGAGAGGAGUGAAUGACAAAGUAUAUGGGAAAAUAUAGCUGUUUUUCCUGGGAGCACUUGCCAAUUCUGGCUACAGGGAGGAACCUGAAUAUUGAGCUUGGCUCAGGCAGAGGGCUAUAGCUUGGUGGGGCAAGGGGGGUUAGGGUGCAGGGAGACCAGAAACCAGGGAAUGGUGAACUUUGCCAGUCAAGGCUGGAGUGAAAAAUUCUGAAACAUGAGAGGCUUCAAACACAUAGCCAGUUUCUCAAAAUUUUGAGAAUACUGACACAGGGCAGGAACUUGAAAAUCUAAUCUCAAAAACACAAGUAGAUUUUCUUUUUCAGUACUGAGAAAUAAAUGAAUAGAAUUCAGGAACUGCCAGUAGGAUGGGCCCCUGGCAAACACAGCAUGCUAUCAAUAAAAGCACAAGGUCAUACCAGAGGUAGAUUGUACCUUACCCAAACUGCAAACAAUCUGAGUCAUAUUUAAAAAUCUACCAGAAAGAAAACUCAUAGGAACAGAUGGCUUCACUGCAGUUAUUCUAAAUAUUAAAAAAAGACAUAAUACCAAACUUUUAUAAACUUUUCCAGAGAUAGGAAUUUUCCUGUUCACUUUAUGAGGCCAGUACAACUUUGAUACCAAAACCUUUAAGACAUUUCAGGAAAGUAAAGUUAUAGGCCACUAUCUUAUGAAUUUAGAUACAAAAUCCUAAAAUUAAAAAAAUUCCAGCCAUAUCAAAGGACAAUAUAUCUUGACUAAAUGAUGUUUACUAGAGGAAUCAAAGGAUAGAUUUAGUAUUUCAAAUUCAAUCCAUUUGGCCUUCUACUCCUCUCUCUCAUUCUCCUUUCUCCUUUUGCACUUUGUAAAUUUCUCUCCUGCCUUCCCUUCCUAGAGUUUAAGAGGCAGAAUAGGCCUGCCGUGAGGGAUGAGAAAGGUGUUGUGGUGAUGUGCCAACCUGCAUCAAGAGUGCUGGGGGCAAAUGGAAGAGAUGGUUAGCAUGGCUGAGAUACUGGUAACAUUGAGCAGAUAAGUAAAUGUACUGAAGAUGAUGAGAGCCAGGUUCCUGUUAGAAAAGGUAUCUAUAAAAAUGGAAAGGGGGGAAGUUAGAAAACCACCUGGAGUGUUGGACUGGAAUGAUACUCAUUUUAACUACACAGAAAUAAUUAUAGUAGUCAUUGUGUGUGUGUUUGUGUGUAUUUUAUGGAUCUGUCUACUGACAGCUCAGUAGCACUGAGCACACCAAUUACCAGGUUAUUAAUUACUAAAUACUAUCCUCCCACCAAAAAUGGAGCAGGUCUCUGGAGUGAUAGCUUAUUCCAAGUCAGAGAUGGGGAGAAAUAUCUAUCAGACAAUAAGAAAAUGUUCUAAGAAUUAUGGAAACAUGUCAAAAGAACCACCUUGGACAGGUUCCAGUGGCCAAAUUUGAGACAGUUUGAACAUCAAAACAAAUAACAAUAGCAUCAUAAUAUAAAUGACUUAAAAAUGUGAAUCCAAUAAUUUGUACAGAUAUAAAUAAGUGCAUAAAUACAUAGAGGAGGGAAAGCUUUCUUUAUAAGCCAACUAAUAAAUGUAGGAGGAAUAAUGGCAAUAGAAAAAACACUAUUUGGCAACCAUCAUACUGGUGGUUGAUUCAGUAAGUAGGUGCCAACAUAGGCUAGAGUUUGUGGGUAGAAGUUUAAUGAAGAACAGGUAUUGGCAUUAUCUCCAAAUAUUUCACCACAAAAUACUAAUCAACUACAAAGGUGAAAAUGGUGAUUUUUAUGAUAAACCUGGCAGAAACCUGGCAGACACCAACAUAAUCAAGUGAUCAAAGUUCACUUCACCAAUGGUAGGACAGGUCAACGUAAUGUACUCCCUGGUGAGAUGCUCUGAGAAGAGCCAACACAUUUGUGCUGUAUUCUUACCAAGAAAGCAUAGCCAGAGUAUGCUAAUGCGGAAAUAUCAGAUGAACCCCCUUGAAAGGUUAUAUUAUAGAAUGUAAAGCCUGCAUUUAAAUUGUCAAGGACAUAAAAGGAAAAGACUGGGAGACUGUUCCAGGUUGGACUAGACUGAAGAUGUUUUAAAAUAAAAACAAAAAGGAAAAAUAGAAUAGUUCGGACAAUAAAGAGUGUGUAAAUUCGACGGUAGUGUUUAUUUUCAGACUUGGGUCCAUAGAUAAGUGUUUUGUUUCAGGAAAAUACACACUCAAGUACAUAGGGGAAACGAAGUCUCGUGUCUGCAGGUUAUUUUCAAAUGCUUUAGAAAAAGAGUAAUGAGUAUGUGUGUGUAGAGACAGAGUUCAAGUAUGUGCUCAAGGGACAGAUGGAGGAAAUGCAGUGCACAGGGGGAAAUCGAAAUGAGUUUUUCCUACUAGUGACUUUAGUAAGUUUGAAAUCAUAUCCAAGCAAUACUUAAAAGUUUAAGUUAAUUGAUGUAGCCUACACAUUAGAAAAAAAUAAGUUAAACCAUAUUAGUGUCUCAGUAGAGGUGGAAAACAUUUGAUAGAACUUUACACACAUUCAUGAUUAGAAAACUACACUAGGAAUAGAAGGAAACUUCAUUAAAAACAAGUGAAAAGCUAAUAUACAACAAACAUCAAACUAAGUAGAUGAAUACUGGAAUAUUUCUUCCUGAUAUUAAUAAUGGGACAAGGACCUCCCUGGUGGUGCAGUGGUUAAGAAUCAGCCUGCCAGUGCAGGGGACAUGGGUUCGAACCCUGGUCCAGGAGGAUUGCCACAUGCCACUGAGCAACUAAGCCUGCGUGCCACAACUAC